AUGGCCAGUGUCAUCCUGGAGAGCAUCUUCUUGAAGCGCUCGCAGCAAACAGAGAGCAAGCUGUCCUACUAUGAGUAUGACUUUGAGCGGGGGCGCCGGGGCAGUAAGAAGGGCUCAGUGGACAUAGAGAAGAUCACCUGUGUGGAGACAGUGGUGCCUGAAAACAACCCUCCUCCUGAGCGGCAGGUCCUGAGGAAAGGAGACGAUUGCAACAAUAUGGAACAGAUCUCAAUCAUUGAACGGUUCCCUUACCCCUUCCAGGUGGUGUAUGACGAGGGGCCCCUCUACGUCUUCUCCCCCACGGAGGAGCUGCGCAAACGCUGGAUCCAUCCGCUGAAAAGAGUGAUCCGGUACAACAGCGACCUGGUGCAGAAGUAUCACCCCUGCUUCUGGAUCGAUGGGCAGUACCUGUGCUGCUCUCAGACAGCCAAGAACGCCAUGGGCUGCCAGAUCCUCGAGAACAGCAAUGGCAGUUUAAAAGUUGGGCGGUCGCAUCGCAAGACAAAGAAGCCUCUUCCCCCCACUCCUGAGGAGGAUCAGAUGGUGAUGAAGCCCCUGCCCCCUGAACCAGCCCCCAGCACAGCAAGUGAGAUGAAGAAGGUGGUGGCCCUGUACGACUACCAGCCAAUGAACGCCCAGGACCUGCAGCUGCAGAAGGGUGAGGAGUACUUCAUCCUGGAGGAAAGCCACCUGCCCUGGUGGAAAGCCCGUGACAAGAAUGGGCGGGAAGGAUACAUCCCCAGCAACUAUGUCACUGAAACCAGCAAUUCCCUGGAGAUCUUUGAGUGGUACUCGAAGAAUAUCACUCGGAGCCAAGCAGAGCAACUGCUGAAACAGGAGGGCAAAGAGGGGGGUUUCAUUGUCCGGGACUCCACCAGCAAGACAGGAAAAUACACUGUCUCUGUCUAUGCUAAGUCCUCUGGAGACACCCAAGGCACCAUCCGUCACUACGUUGUGUGCUGCACCCCCCAGAACCAGUAUUACCUGGCAGAAAAGCACCUCUUCAACACCAUCCCAGAGCUCAUCACCUACCAUCAGCACAACUCUGCUGGGCUCAUAUCCAGACUGAAGUACCCUGUGUCUCAACACCAGAAAAGUGCUCCCUCCACAGCUGGCCUUGGCUAUGGGUCGUGGGAGAUUGACCCAAAGGAUCUAACCUUCCUGAAGGAACUGGGGACGGGGCAGUUUGGCGUGGUGAAGUACGGGAAAUGGAGAGGCCAGUACAACGUGGCCAUCAAGAUGAUCAGGGAAGGCUCCAUGUCAGAGGAUGAGUUUAUCGAUGAGGCCAAAGUCAUGAUGAACCUGUCUCAUGAGAAGCUGGUGCAGCUCUAUGGGGUCUGCACCAAGCAGCGUCCCAUCUUCAUCAUCACUGAGUACAUGGCCAAUGGCUGCCUCCUGAACUUCCUGAGGGAACCUCGGCGGCGGUUCCAGCCUGCUGAGCUGCUGGAGAUGUGCAAGGAUGUUUGUGAAGCUAUGGAAUACCUGGAGUCCAAGCAGUUCCUGCACAGAGACCUGGCUGCUCGCAACUGCUUGGUGAAUGAACAAGGAAUAGUCAAAGUAUCAGAUUUUGGCCUUUCCAGGUACGUUCUAGAUGAUGAGUACACAAGCUCCUUGGGCUCAAAGUUCCCAGUGAGGUGGUCUCCCCCUGAAGUGCUUCUGUACAGCAAGUUCAGCAGCAAGUCUGAUGUCUGGGCUUUUGGCGUUCUGAUGUGGGAAGUUUACUCUCUGGGAAAGAUGCCUUACGAGAGGUUUAACAACAGCGAGACAACAGAGCACGUCAUCCAGGGGCUGCGGCUGUACCGCCCGCAGCAGGCGUCGGAGCGGGUCUAUGCCCUCAUGUACAGCUGCUGGCACGAGAAGGCUGAGGAGCGGCCCAGCUUCACGGCGCUGCUGGGCAGCAUCCUGGACAUCACGGACGAGGAGCCCUGA